CCUCGUCGAAAAUGCACUCCAUCAAGAGACUUUUGGUCCUGCUCGCUGCCUGCUUUGUUGUCCUGGCGUCCCUUGUGGCCGCUCAGAAACAGAAGGUCACCGACAAGGGAAAUGAAGAGUUCCUCCGCUUGAUGCGAGCCCAGGUCGCCAAGGCCGGCGUCGAAAAGACCUCGGAUCUUGUCUUCAAGGCUGUCGUUACUGGCGAGAAGGGCCUCACCUAUGUCUCGGGCCAACAUUCCAACAUCGAUAUCUUUGUCGCCAACAAGGGCACCCAGAAGCACACCAUCUUUGGCGUCUUUGCCUCCCUCACCAACUCGGGCGACUACAACAAAGUUGUCCGCAACUUGACCUUGGCCGGCUACCAGAUCCCUCUGAAGGCAGGCUCCAACCUCACCUUCACUUACCCCUUCUCCAUCGAGACCGAGGCCAUGGAGCUUGGAUACGUCCUCUAUGUUGACUACUACGACUCGGAGGAGAUUCCCCACCGCAUCGUUGCCUUCAGCACCCCCGUCAAGGUUGUUUUCGGCGACAGUCUCUUUGAUUUGCAGAGCCUCUCCAUCAUCAUCGUUAUUGGAGGCCUCAUCGCCGGUGGCGUGUACCUCUCCAACACCAGCACUGUUGCCAAGACCGUCAAGAAGGAAAAGGCUGCCCUGCCCUCGCGCGAAGAGGUCGAGCUGAAGCGCUCCCAGCUCAACGAGGACUGGAUUCCCGAGCACGUCCUGAAGGCCGAGAAGGCCAAGGGAAAGAAAAAGGCCCAAUAAACCCGCCGCGCCGCUCCCGAUGCACGCACGGCUAUUGCAGGACCUUUGGAUCUUGUCCAUCUUCCCCACUGCACCCUCACCUCAUCCUCCCUCCACUGCGCUCUUUCCUGCCUCCGCUCUCCUCCGUGUCCAUGAUCCCUCAGGCCCCGAUAUUGGCCACCUGCUCUCUUUCCUUUGGGGUCGCACCUGCGUUCCCAAGGUGAGGAAGCCCGCAGCCCACGCCUCCUAGCUGGGAGGUGUUCCACCUCCAUUGUUCUUUCCGUACUUUUCCAUGUGCAUGAUCCAGGAUCUUUGUCCGCGGUGCUUCCUCUGGUUCCUGAUCACAUUCUUCCCUCCCCCUCAGUUCGUGAUCGAUCAUUACUUUUUCCAUUUUCUCUCUCUCUCUCUCUCGUUGCUGUUACUGCCGCCUCUUUGCUCUUUAUUCGGAUGAUUACAUCCCUUCAAUACAGCUUGAUGGCAGAGCUGA